ACAAUUAAUAUCUGUGUGUCAGACGCACAGAGCGAUUCUCCUCUCAUAGCCAAACUACUGCAGUAGAGUACAAGGCAGAACAUAUGGAGACUAAGUGCAAAAAAACACUGCAGGCAGACUUUGAUAUGUUUGAUAUUUCUGAGGAGCUGGGAUUUAUCCUUGAAGAGCCACUGACUAACCUUCCAGACUAUUAUCGUGUGUGGUUGGACCUGGCAAAUAAUAUCACACAUCUGAUAGAGUCACGUAAACUACGGGAUCUGGUUCAUAAGAUGCCGGUCUUGAGUCCCCAUCUCUUGAAUAACCAUCGGGAGCUCAGGCUGGCUCACCUAGCACUGGGAUUCAUCAGCAUGGGAUAUGUAUGGCAGGAAGGACAACAUGCACCUGCCCAGAUUCUCCCAAAAGCCCUCGCCUGGCCGUAUUGGCUGGUAUCCCGCAGGCUUGGCCUUCCUCCCAUCCUGACGUAUGCAGAUUCAGUUUUAGCCAACUGGAAAUUAAGGGAUCCCACAGGGGAAAUGGAAAGUGGGAACAUGGACUUGAUAUUUUCCUUUCCUGGUGGUGAGACGUGCAGGGGAUUUUUCAUAGUGUCAUUGUUGGUCGAGAUGGCUGCCAGUUCAGGCAUAACGGGGGCUCUGGAGGUGAUGCAUGCUAUGAAAACCUCAGACCUAAUCAACAUACAGAAAGGUCUUGUCAAAGUAACUCUGUCCUUGAAGAAGAUGAAGGAAACUUUCAAACUCAUUCACAAUCAUGUAGAUCCAACUGUGUUUCAUGGAACAUUGAGAAUUUUUGUCUCGGGGUGGCGAGACAACCCCAUGCUUCCAAGGGGGCUGUUGUAUGAAGGUGUAAGCAAUGAGCCAAUUUUCUUAUCAGGUGGAAGUGCAGCCCAGAGUUCAGCUAUUCAGUGCUUUGAUGCUUUGCUGUGCACCCAGCACGAGGAUGAGACAGGAACCUUCCUGGCACGCAUGAGGGAUUACAUGCCUCCUGCCCACCGUCAGUUGAUAGAAACUUUGUCUGUCUGUCCAUCUCUACGAGAUUUCAUCUUGGCCCACUCUAGCUCUGAUCUUUGCCAGGCCUAUAACUCCUGUGUCUCAGCGCUGGUGGAUUUACGGAACUACCACAUACAUACUGUGGCCAAGUACGUUGUUGUGCCCGGCAAUCAUGCCCAUGGCAUGGGCUGCCCACUCAGAGGUGUGGGCACUGCACUGAAUGCCACAGGGACCGGCGGAUCCAGCCUCAUGGUCUUCCUCAAAAGUGUUCGGAACACUACCCAAAAAGCACUGAUCCAAGAGAGGUCAUCUGCAUCAAGAAAAACUGAAAUGUAAUUUAUAGCAUAUAUUAUAAAAUGUGCAAUAUCCAACACAUGCACUAUACUCUUGAGGUUGUAUUUAAAAAAGGUACAAAAAAUAAUUAUCACCCAAUAUCCCCUUCACUAUUCUAAUCAUGUAUUUGCCAUCAUAAUGAAUUCUUACUUAUGUAAUGUCUUUGUGCUUGGUAAAUGUUUAGGGUACUCCUCAGUAACCAUGACCCUUACAUCAAUCCUAGGAUAAGAGCAAUAUAAAACCAACUAAAAAUGUUGUUUUUGCUAGAAAUGUACUUGAGGGUGUGGUCAGUACAUUGUGACAUCAUUGUUGGGUGUGGUUAAACAGACUCCAAACGUUGAACCAGAAAGAGCAGUAAAACACAGCUUUUCUGCCGGGGAUUAAAUUAGAGAAAACCUUAGAAAGAGACAUUUAUGUUAUGUUAUGUUUUUGCUUGGCAAUAACUACUGUCAUACUUUGCAUGCCCAUUUCUGCCAGGGGAAAAAUAGACAAAAAGUUAUACAUGAUAAAAAUGAUGCUCAUAGUAAGCCAAAAUGAUGAGAUACUAAAAUAAAAUUAUGAGAAAGUAAAUUUUUGACUUACUGUCUCAUGUUUUCUUUUUGUUUGGCAGAAAUGGGCUCCCACACCAUACAGUCCUUGAUAUCACAAAAUAAACUGCACUUUACUUUGACAUAAUACUUUAUGUAAUCACAUUAUAUGAUUUUAUAUUAUUAUAUUAUUAUAUUUUACUGACCUUUCUACAGACAGCGGAUAUGCUUGGAGUUGCGUUUGAAUUACUUUGGGUUUAUCUGUAUCCAUAAAAUAAUGUUUAAUUCACAAAACCCAAAUGUAUCUGUACACCACUAAAUCUUACUAUAACUGAAAUAAAUGAUUUCAAUAACAUGGAACAACUUACAUAAUAGACGUAUAGCGGCAUAAAUAAUACCAAAAAUGGAAGUAAAAAGCAUUUUUCUAAACUGCAUUUGAUCAAUAGACUAAUUUGGCUUUUGUAAACAGAAACUGAAAUGGGAACUUCUACGUGCUUCAGAGUAAGAAGCAGACGGCUGAGGAGGGCCAAAUGUAGAGAACAUGAGCUAAGGGAAAAAAUUGAGGAAGGAAAUGAUGUAGGAAUCAAAUAAUAGAGGACAUUGGUAAAAUAAAAGCUACAGUGAAUCAGCUGAGGAGAAUAAAAGAGACAGAAACAGCAGGGGUAAUCAUGGGAGAGGGUUCAAUGUGGGAUCAGGUCACUCAGUUUGAUGGACUGCAACCUCCACUCGCUUCCCUUCUUGACUUGAAGGUUGUGUCUCUUCUUGCUACUGAGGACUAAUCACAUUAGGAGAGAGGAAAAGGAGCUCAACUGCACUGCUGCUGAGCCCUGGUCAUGGUCCAACUCUGCUUCACUAAAGCACAAAAGAUGUAAAAUAUGGAUUGUUUGACUCCCAGUGAAAGUAGCUCUGACUGUAACUACACUCUGGACUGGUGUAGUUGUCUGCUGUCACAUAGAGUUGUGAAGUGGGAGGGGCUGCUGGCUGUGGAAGUCAAAUUUUUCUUUCAGCAAUAUCCUCUAUGUUACUUAACAUAGAAACAUGGGACUCUCCUGGAUAAUCAUCUUGAAAUAAUCAGGUUUAUGUUAUUUCACUAGUUUUAAUUAUUAAAGGAGCCUCAGCCACCUUUGCUAUGGAGAAGAAGCUAGUCAGAAGCCAGUCAGGGGUGUGAACCAGAUUGGUAGAGAAUUCAAAACGCUUUGUCAUUGUGACCACCAAAAUUAAAAGUGAACUGAUUUAA